GCCUACAAGGGGCUUAUGAGGGUAGCGCCAGGCGGUGGGGAGGCCACUGUGCUUGUCACGGAGGUUGAUGGCGUACCUCUCCGCUUCACCAACGGGGUGGACAUCGACCAGGUAACCGGCGAGGUCUACUUCACGGACAGCUCCAGCAACUACAAUAGGUCGCAACAUGAGAUGGUGACAAGAACUGGAGACUCAACGGGUCGGCUAUUAAGGUAUGACCCACGGACAGGAAAGGCCGUCGUGCUCCAGGCCGACAUCACUUACCCCAAUGGCCUCGCCAUCAACGCUGAUCGGACACAUCUUGUCAUCUCAUCGACCGGGCCGUGUAAGCUGCUACGAUACUGGAUCAAGGGCUCCAAGGCGGGCACGAUGGAGCUAUUCGCCGACCUCCCUGGCUAUCCAGACAAUGUGAGGCCCGACAAGAAAGGAGGAUACUGGGUGGCACUGCACCGUGAGAAGGCUGAGCUCCCCUUUGGCGUUGAUAGCCACCUGCUAGCAUUGAGGAUCGAUGCCGAGGGAAAAAUAAUCGAGGAGAUGCGGGGACCCAAGAGCGUGAGGCCGACCGAGGUGGUGGAGAGGAAAGGUGGAAGAUUGUUCAUGGGAUCCGUCGAGCUUCACUAUGUGUCCGUCGUCACGCGCAAAUAGAGAAAUC